CUCAGAUGGUUUAAAAAUCUUAGAAGUUUUCGGAACUCCUCAACGUUGAGGCGACUGAAGCUUUGGCUUGUUCUGCCACAUAAUCGAAAAGAGCUUGGGGUUAUAUUAUUCUGUUUAUCUGCUUUCUUGUCAUUAGGAGGGCACGUAGUUGAGGUGGAAGCAUUUUUGGGUAAUGAUUUCUGGAACAUUGAAUGUAGAACACAGGCGAUCGUUGUUUGA